AUGGGCUCCGUCGUCAUCCCCCACCUCGCCUCGGGCUGGCACGUCGACCAGGCCAUCCUCAGCGAGGAGGAGCGCCUCGUCGUCAUCCGCUUCGGCCGCGACUGGGACCCCGACUGCAUGCGCCAGGACGAGGUGCUCUACAAGAUUGCCGACAAGGUCAAGAGCUUCGCCGUCGUCUACGUCUGCGACAUUGACCAGGUCCCCGACUUUAACAGCAUGUACGAGCUGUACGACCCCUGCACCAUCAUGUUCUUCUUCCGCAACAAGCACAUCAUGUGCGACUUCGGUACCGGCAACAACAACAAGCUCAACUGGGUCCUCGAGGACAAGCAGGAGCUCAUAGACAUCAUUGAGACCAUCUACCGCGGCGCCAAAAAGGGUCGCGGUCUCGUCGUCAGUCCCAAGGAUUACUCCACGCGACACCGAUACUAG